AGGAUCAUUGUUUCUUGUUCUUGUGCUGGAAGAGGUUGCUUAUUUACGGUUAACUUCAGUGCGUUGAUCGCGUUCGCAUUUUCUGGUUUUUUGAAAAGGAAUUUCGAGCAAUUACUGGGAACAGUCUGACUAUGAUAAAGUUGACAAUAUUAUCGGCCAUACUGGGCGUGGCCACAUGCUUACCACGUGCCUACCCACUCACGCAGGAGCAGCUGGCUCAAUUCGUGGCCGCACAACAGACGGCUGCAGGUCCAUCUUCAGCACCGCAGCGACUCAUCUCAAUAGUGCCACGGGCCAGACAAGCCUACCAGGAGCCAGACCCAGCCGCCGCCUACCACAAGCCAUCGCAAGCCAUCUACCAGGCGGAGUCGGCAGCAGCCUACCAGGAUGACGGAGCCGCUGAUCCUUCCGCCUACCAGCAACAGCCGGUCUACUACCAGGCGCCAGCCAGGCAGCCCAAGCCGCAGCAGGUCGCUUACAUCGAUCCCAGCCAGUACAAGAAGUACAAGCUGCCCAGGCCUAGCCCAGCCGGACUCGCUAGGGACCCCAAGCAGCCUGCUGAUGACUAUGACCCAAACCCCCAAUACCAGUUCUCGUUCGACAUUAAGGACGACGAAUCGACCAACUACCACAACAGGAAGGAGACCCGCGAUGGCGACAAGAUAUCUGGCAGCUACAGCGUCGUCGACUCUGACGGAUUCAUUCGCACAGUCACUUACACCGCUGACCCCAAAGAGGGAUUCAAAGCUGACGUGAGCAGACAGCCGACUGACAUUGUGGUGAAACUGCCCAAGCACCCGACUCCAGGCAUUGCUCAGCAGUACCAGCUGGCUCCCUCUUCACCCUACACCGCUCGCAAGCAGCAGACUCAACAGUACUUGGAGGCUUCAAGUCCGGUUGACGGAAGCAGCGAGCAGCAGUAUAUCCCACAGCAGCAGUAUGUGCCACAGAGGCCAACCCAGGCGCUCACCCAGGCGGCACUAGCAGCCUAUGCGGCCAACCCUCACCGCCUGGCGCCCAAUCCUGCCAAGUCAGCAAAAGCCUACGCCAUUCCUCAGGGUGCCACCCUACUCUACAGACCGGCCCCCGCUGCCGCCUACCACCAAUGAGAACCACCACACUGUUUCCAGUGUCAAACAAUCGGCCAUGGUACCAAUGUAAACCCGGUAUCUAGUGUAAAAUAAUCGGCAUUAUGCAUGAUAACAAUGGAAACCGGUAUCUAGAUUAAUCUAGUUUCAAGUAAUCGGCCAUGGUAACAAUUAAAACUAUAUCAAAAUUAAUGAUAUGAUUCUCGUUUGAGGUGUUCAGCCAUAGUUAACAAGGUAGCAGAAUUGAUCCACAGCUUACCGAGCAAUAUCAUAGAAAAAAGAUAGCAUAGGAAGAUAUCCCAUGCUUAGAGCGUUCAAGUUCCAAAUUUCACCGUUUGUUAAAACCGAGUUGUUAUCUUUUCUCUGUGGUAAUAUCAUGGAGAAAACAUAGCUGCCAUACAUAGGUUUCUCUAUUCUUAUUCUAUGGUGAUAUUAUGCCAUUUAUUGAAUAAAAUCAACUUUGUUCUCCAUUUAGAAUGGAACAAAAUGAUUCGAGAAUGAAAUAUUCUUUCAUACUAUUUUAUGAUGCCAUAAAUGAUGGUUCUAAUUUAAAAUGAUCGGCAUGGUUUCAGAUAGGAACUUUCUUCCAUUGGUUAUGAACUCACUAAAUAAUAUUAGCAUGGUCUGCCAUGGUUCCAAAAAGGAACAUACUUCCAUAGGUGAUCAGCUCACAACAUACGAGUACGUAUUAUUCAGUAAUACUGUUACAGUAGGCUAACUGUAUUAAGUAAUUAAUGUGUAUUAUAAUGUAGUAUGUAUACAAUACUACAUUAUUUAAAUUCAAUAUAAAACUACAAUUUGAAUGUUCAUAUAAUAUUUUUCAAAAUGAAAUGGAACAUGACUGAAUAAAAAAUCUAUAGGAUAUAAUAAUGUUUUAGACUAAAAGGUAGAAUCCGUUAAUUCAAAAUUGAACAAGGCGUCAAAAUCCAAAAUAUUCAUAAUCAAAACAUGUUGAAGAGAACUGUACCUAUAUUAUAAGUCUUGACUUUGAAUCAAUGAAUGCAAUAUGCAAUUUGAAUCAAUAUUUAACACGGUUAUGAUUCUUGCCAUCAGGAUUAAUAUUAUUCUUCUAAAACUUGACUUUGAGGCAAGCCCAUACAGCUGCAUCUACAGCAGAAAUUAAAUUUCCGAUACUCAUAAUAAAAGUAACUGCAUAAACUCACUAUGAUUACUUACUGAAUAAUUAUAAGUUUAUAGGAAAAAAUUUAAACUUAUAAAUAUUCAAAAGAUUUCUUAAGAGAUUUGAUACGACGAUACGAGUGAUAUUAUUACCCCAACGACUGACUUAGUGGUCACUUCUAUUUCCUAUAAGUAGUAUCCAUUGCCACAUUUACAUAUUACAUGCAGUAUUUUAGAUGUAAGUAAUUUUUCUUAUAUUAUAAUAUUGAUUCUUAAACAUUUAUUGAACAAGUAUUUUUGUAGUCAGAUCUAUGGAAUAAUCAAUCAAGCAAUUGAUAGAUUUUGAAUAUCUUUAUGUUAUUUCCAAACUAAGAUAAAAUUGUGAUGAAAGGACGACAAAAUGAUAGAACUCAUUUGGUCGGAGUAAUGAAUAAAUUAAAUACUGUUUUCAGUCUAGAUUGACUGAAUAUCUAACACGAUAGCCUAUCUACUAUUAAUGUACUAUUCAUUCAUUACUACUAGGUAUUUUAGUAAUUUUAAAAAAACUAUUUUAGUAUUAUUAUGAUUACAUUUUUGUAAUAAGACUUUUUCGAUAAUAAAAUACAUUUUGAUUGUAUAA